UGGGAACCAGUGACCGCUCGUUUCCUUCAGGCUGUGUUCCCUUCCUGACGGGAAAGGAGCGCGCACUGGGGUGGCUGCUCGCCUCCGGACCUCGGGCGGCCGCAGGAGCGGGUGCCGGGGCGCUCCGGGAACGGCGCCGGGCUGGGAACACCGAUCCUCCUCGCUGCACCAUGACAGAGGAAAGCAAAGGGGAAGGCAAGGGGGAAAGCGGGAAGGACUUGGAGAAACAGCUUCGCUUACGCGUGUGCGUCCUCAACGAGCUGCUCAAGACCGAGCGGGACUACGUGGGCACCCUGGAGUUCCUGGUGUCGGCUUUUCUUCACCGAAUGAUCCAACGUGCUACUGCCAAAGAGGAUAAAAAUGUCACAGAAGAGACAGUUAAGAUGUUGUUUUCAAAUAUUGAAGAUAUUCUUGCAGUUCACAAAAACUUUCUGUCCCUGGUGGAGGAGUGUUUACAGCCAGAACCUAACGCACAGCAUGAAGUUGGAACCUGCUUUCUGAAUUAUAAAGAGAAAUUCCGUAUCUAUGAUGAAUACUGUAGUAACCACGAGAAGGCACAGAAAGUUCUACUUGACCUGAACAAAAUAAGAACAGUGCGGACUUUUCUGUUGAAUUGCAUGCUCCUUGGAGGACGCAAGAACACAGAUGUACCAUUGGAGGGAUAUCUAGUAACACCAAUACAGAGAAUAUGCAAGUAUCCCCUUCUUUUGAAGGAAUUACUGAAGCGGACUCCAAGGAAGCACAGUGACUAUGCAGCCCUAAUGGAAGCCCUCCAGGCCAUGAAGGCUGUCUGUUCCAACAUAAACGAAGCCAAAAGACAAAUGGAAAAAUUAGAGUUUUUGGAAGAAUGGCAGUCUCAUGUUGAAGGAUGGGAGGGAUCUAACAUUACAGACACGUGCACAGAAAUGCUGCGAAGUGGACUACUACUCAAAAUUUCAGCAGGAAAUAUCCAAGAGAGGAUAUUUUUUCUUUUUGAUAACCUCUUGGUCUACUGCAAAAAAAAGCACAGGCGAUUGAAGAACAGCAAAACAUCUGCAGAUGGCCACCGUUACCUGUUUCGGGGCAGAAUAAACACAGAAGUGAUGGAAGUAGAGAAUGUAGAUGAUGGAACAGCUGACUACCACAGCAGUGGCCACACUGUUAUUAAUGGCUGGAAGAUCCACAACACGGCAAAGAAUAAGUGGUUUGUAUGCAUGGCAAAAACCCCUGAAGAGAAGCAAGAAUGGCUGGAAGCAAUUUUGAAAGAGCGAGAGAGGAGAAAAGGUUUAAAAUUGGGCAUGGAACAGGACACUUGGGUGAUGAUCUCUGAGCAAGGAGAAAGACUGUACAAAAUGAUGUGCAAACAAGGGAAUCUCAUCAAAGACAGGAAGAGGAAAUUAACCACUUUUCCCAAAUGCUUUCUUGGAAGUGAAUUUGUGUCCUGGCUGUUGGAAAUUGGAGAGAUACACAAAUCUGAAGAAGGUGUUCAUCUUGGCCAAGCUUUAUUAGAGAAUGGCAUUAUCCAUCAUGUUACAGAUAAGCACCAAUUCAAACCUGAACACAUGCUAUAUAGAUUCCGAUAUGAUGAUGGAACAUACUACCCUAGAAAUGAGAUGCAGGAUGUGAUCUCCAAGGGUGUACGACUGUACUGUCGCCUUCACAGUCUGUUUACCCCAGUAAUUAGGGAUAAAGAUUAUCACUUGAGAACCUACAAAUCUGUGGUUAUGGCUAACAAAUUCAUAGAUUGGUUGAUUGCACAGGGGGAUUGCCGGACGAGGGAGGAAGCUAUGAUAUUUGGUGUAGCUCUUUGUGAUAAUGGGUUUAUGCACCAUGUCCUAGAGAAAAGUGAAUUUAAGGAUGAACCACUGCUGUUCCGUUUUUAUGCGGAUGAAGAAAUGGAAGGAUCAAAUAUGAAGCACAGACUCAUGAAACAUGAUCUGAAAGUAGUGGAAAAUGUCAUAGCCAAGUCAUUACUGAUUAAAUCUAAUGAAGGCACCUAUGGUUUUGGUUUAGAAGAUAGAAAUAAGGUGCCAAUUAUUAAAGUGGUGGAGAAAGGAUCAAAUGCUGAGAUGGCAGGCUUGGAAGUUGGGAAGAAAAUCUUUGCCAUUAAUGGUGACCUGGUUUUUCUGCGACCCUUCAGUGAAGUGGAUUGCUUCCUGAAAGCCUGUUUAAACAGCAGAAAGCCCCUGCGGGUUCUUGUGAGCACUAAACCACGGGAGACAGUGAAGAUUCCUGACUCUGCAGAUGGACUUGGAUUCCAAAUCCGGGGCUUUGGCCCAUCAGUUGUCCAUGCUGUUGGGAGAGGAACAGUGGCAGCUGCGGCAGGUCUCCAUCCUGGCCAGUGCAUAAUCAAAGUGAAUGGAAUUAAUGUCAGCAAAGAGACUCAUGCAAGUGUUAUUGCUCAUGUCACAGCGUGCAGGAAGUACAGGCGGCCAAUGCAGCAAGAUUCUAUACAGUGGGUUUACAACAGCAUUGAAAGUGCACAGGAGGAUCUUCAGAAAACAAACACCAAACCCUCUGGAGAUGAUGGAGGCGAUGCCUUUGACUGCAAAGUGGAAGAGGUAAUUGACAAAUUUAACACUAUGGCAAUAAUUGAUGGGAAGAAAGAUCAUGUCAGUCUGACUGUUGACAAUGUUCACCUGGAGUAUGGAGUGGUUUAUGAGUAUGACAGCACAGCUGGAAUAAAGUGCCACGUCUUGGAAAAAAUGGUUGAACCAAAGGGAUUUUUUAGCUUGACUGCAAAGAUUCUUGAAGCACUGGCAAAAAGUGAUGAACAUUUUGUGCAGAAUUGCAACAGCCUCAAUUCCUUAAAUGAAGUGAUCCCCACCGAGCUUCAAAGUAAAUUCAGUGUCAUUUGCAGUGAGAAAAUUGAGCAUAUUUACAGAAGAAUCUCUAGUUAUAAGAAGUUUUCAAGAGUAUUAAAAAACAGAGCUUGGCCUACCUUCAAACAAGCUAAGUCAAAGAUUUCACCACUUCACAGCAGUGAUUUCUGUCCAACCAAUUGCCAUAUCAAUGUCAUGGAAGUGUCUUACCCUAAGACCUCAACUUCCCUUGGUAGUGCCUUUGGUGUACAGUUAGAUAGCAGGAAACAUUCUUCCCAUGAAAAGGAAAAUAAAAACACUGAUCAAGGUAAACUGAAUCCCAUGAUUUAUGUCCAGCAUACCAUUACUACUAUGGCUGCCCCUUCAGGACAGUCUCUUGGCCAGCAAGAGGGCCACGGUCUGAGGUACCUCUUAAAAGAAGAAGAUUUAGAAACACAAGAUGUCUAUCAAAAAUUGCUAUUCAAAUUACAAGCUGCACUGAAAGAGGUGGAAACAUGUGUCUGUCAAAUAGAUGACCUUCUUUCUUCAAUAACAUAUUCUCCCAAAUCAGAACGUAAAACGCCUGAGCCCUUGAUACCAGCAGACAGUGAUAAUGAAAAGGGUGAAAGGAAUGGGAAAAAAGUCUGUUUCAGUGUGACAGGUGAUGAACAGGAAGAUUCUGGUCAUGAUACCAUCAGUAACAGGGAUUCUUACAGCGAUUGCAACAGCAAUAGGAACUCCAUUGCCUCUUUCACCAGCAUUUGUAGCAGUCAGUGCAGUUCUUAUUUUCACAGUGAUGAAAUGGAUUCAGGUGAUGAGCUUCCCAUAAGUGUUCGAAUCUCCCAUGAUAAACAGGACAAGCUCCAUAGCUGCUUGGAGCACCUUUUUGGUCAAGUUGAUUCAAUUGUCAGUCUUCUGAAAGGACCAGCUGUGAUGAGGGCCUUUGAACAGACAAAAUACUUUACACCAGGUCGAGGCCUCCAAGAGUUUCAGCAGGAAAUGGAACCAAAGCUUAACUGUCCAAAGAGGCUACGACUCCACAUCAAGCAAGACCCUUGGAACCUUCCCAGCAGCGUCCGGAGUCUUGCCCAGAAUAUCAGAAAAUUUGUUGAAGAGGUGAAGGCACGAAUACUCUUGGCACUUCUUGAGUAUACAGAUAGCGAGAUACAACUGAGGCGAGACAUGGUCUUCUGUCAGAGCCUAGUGGCCACAGUCUGUGCAUUUUCAGAGCAGCUAAUGGUGGCCUUAAAUCAGAUGUUUGACAACAACAAAGAAUAUGAAAUGGAGACGCUGGAGGCCAGCAAAAGGUGGUUGGAACAGAUAGCCAGUGCAGGUCUUCUCCUUCAUUUCCAGUCCCUGCUCUCGCCAAACCUGGCUGAUGAGCAAGCCAUGCUAGAAGAUACAUUGGUUGCAUUGUUUGACUUGGAAAAAGUUACUUUUUACUUCAGACAAUCAGAGCCAGAACCAUUAUUUGCGAAUGUACCAAUCACAUACCAAGCAGAAGGAAGCCGGCAAACACUGAAGGUUUACUUCUACCUUGAUAGUUACCAUUUUGAACAGCUUCCUCAAAGACUGAAGAAUGGAGGGGGAUUUAAAAUCCAUCCAGUACUUUUUUCACAAGCACUGGAGAGCAUGGAAGGAUACUAUUACAGAGACAGUGUCUCAGUAGAAGAAUUUCAAGCUCAGAUUAAUGCAGCCUCACUAGAAAAAGUCAAGCAGUAUAACCAGAAACUACGGGCAUUCUACCUGGACAAGUCAAACUUGCCUCCAAAUUCAACAUCUAAAGCAGCAUAUAUAGAUAAGCUGAUGAGGCCUCUCAAUUGCUUGGAUGAACUUUACAGACUCAUAGGGUCCUUUAUCCGAUCCAAGCGCACCGCUGCCUGUGCAUACACUGCGUGCAGUGCUUCUGGAGUGGGAUUGCUGUCCGUGUCAUCUGAACUCUGUAGCAGGCUUGGAGCUUGUCACAUCAUUAUGUGCAACAGUGGAGUUCACCGCUGCACUCUGAGCGUUACCCUGGAGCAGGCCAUCAUCCUGGCUCGGAGCCAUGGGCUACCUCCUCGCUACAUCAUGCAAGCUACAGAUGUCAUGCGCAAACAGGGUGCAAGAGUACAAAACACAGCCAAGAAUUUAGGAGUGAGGGAUCGAACGCCACAGUCUGUGCCAAGAUUGUACAAGCUAUGCCAGCCACCACCACCUGUUGGAGAAGAAUGAGGAGAACUGCUCCAGAAAACAAUCCAAUAAUGGCCUUUAGGAUACUGGGACUGUAUGACAAAAAUCCAACUGCACUAUAACAGUAUGUCCCUAGGACUUUGAUAAAUAAAUAAAAAAAAACCACCAACCUUUUACUCAGGAUAAAGAAAGAAAUACCCUAAAUAUUCUCCACUGACAUUGAAAAAUGUCUUCCAAAAAGCAUUUCUGAAAUCUGUGCACUCCAGCCUUACACUAGUAGAUCAGGAAUCUUCCUUGGGAAUUUUACACUGGAAUCAGAUUAAUUUGACGUAUCUUGUUCAGCCACAUUAUAGGUAUACGCAGCAGCUUGAAAACAAAUGUCUUUUUCAGAGGGAAUGUCUUCACUUGUACACUAUACAGAAUGCAUUCUUGUGGAAGGAAUAAAAGCCUACAUAAACUAGGCUUGAUAAUGAGCGUGCACUUCAUAUAUGGGGCCCUUUGCACUUCAUAAAGCCUUUUUUCCUGUUGCUGUCCUAAUUUCUCAGAAUGUUCAUGUUACUGUUUCAAGGAUAUAAUGUAAAUGAGGUUUAAAGAUGGAAAACUCAUCUCAGAAUUGUGUUUAAUGGCUGCAAGCAGACUGCUGCUCUGAGUGUGUGCUCGUAAUCAGUAAACUCAGCCAUAUUUGAAGCAGUGCAUUGUCACAGUGCUUUGGAAGGAGGACCUAUAUGUUAGAAAGAGUACCUCUAUAGCCUGUGAGGUGAAGUUCUGCCCUUUUUCAGUUGCCAUUAUAACGAAGGAGAAGAAUAAGUCUGACUUUCACGCACUGUUAGGCUGAAUUUCAGACUGUCUAGUGGAUAUUUUACAUACUUCUCUUCAUUUCAGAGUUUUUCAGAUUUGUUUAUAAUUUUCUAUAGCACUACACUAGCAAAUGUACAUAAGGCAGGGAUGAGUCAGUAUUGUUAUGUUUAACUGGAUAUGUCUGUGGUUUAAGUCGAAAUAUAGUUCAGGGUUUUGAUGUUUUAUGCUACCAUUUCCCAUAUUUUGUCAGAAUUGUUUUGUAUAGCAUUUCAGUACUUUCGAGUGGUAGUUGUUAUAAAUUUAUUUUGAAAUUGUUCUGACUGUUUAGAGGGCCCAGGGAAAAUUUAUCUUCAUUUGGCUGUUCUUUAGGCCAAAGAAUUUUGAGAGAAAAUGCCCCCAAAUGAGGUUUAAAUGUGAACACAUUAGAACAAAAAUUGUAUUCUGAAACAGUUCUACUUGUAGCAGUAGCUAUGCAUUCCAUAAGACCAAGACACAUACUGUAUGAAUAAAAAUUAUUUUUUGUA